AGUAAUUUGCAAUUGGUCUGGCAACGCUGCGGCGCACAGAUGUUUGCUGUUUGCAGGUGAAAUGGACGGCGCGAACUUGAUUGGAAUUACAUCGAAAAGACAGUUUUUAAGUGCAACGGACCUAAUUGUGGAACGACACGCUGAAGUUGAAACGCCUGCGAUCGGUCUAAAGCGAACUAGCAUAGAAGGCACUCCAGCUGAGGAAGAGGAGCUCAAAAAUGCCUAUGCCAAUUUACGUCGCCAAUUGUCUGCACGGCGUAUUGAGCGUCAAGCAGGACGUGCCGUAGCGCACUGGCACGAGGAUCAACAGGCUGCUGAGGUCCUGCGCAAAGAUGGUAAAUUUGAAAGUUUUGGCUACAGCAAACAGGGCAAACUCUAUUUAGAAUAUUACGAGGCUUUAUUUCUGCUCGAAUUGAAUCGUCUGCAGUUGGAGUACUGCGAAAUGAUUGUCUCCGUGGAGCAGGCUUAUGUGUUGCUCCUGGGCGAGGCAGCCAGCGAGAAGUUUAACAAUUAUCUGGUUUACUCAACACUGUCACGCGCUGGAUAUAUUGUUGUCAAGCAUCAAGCAAACACUACAACAUCAACAUCAACUGCUGCUGUGGUAACAAGCGAACAUUGCAUUUGGGCUUUAUUGGAUGAGGCGCUGGGCCAUAAGCCGGUGCCUGCACACAUAAAAGCCUCAUCACUUUAUAAGGCAACCAAGGAGCGCUGGUCUGAGGUCAAGCAGCAAAUCAUGAGCCAUCAGACUACGACACUUGAGGAUGAUAACAGUUUGGAUUUCAAAUUUGAGACACGCAAACGGAAAGCGCAAUCACAGCCACAGGAGCAGAGUAAAAGAAUUUGCCGCGACAAACCCACCAAAAGCCUUGUGAAUCAUCUAAAAGCUGAGCCUAGCUUUAAGAAAUUUCAAGAAAUCUUUGAAAAGUUGGAUAUAAUCCAGCUGCAAUUGACUGAUGAUGAUAGCGAAAUGAACAAAGAACUGCGCCAUUUCAAGAUCAGUUUUGAUUUGCAUCUGCACAACGAAGGCUUCAGGCGCAGUGCGCCAAAAUCGCCUACUUUUAGUGUUGUAAUACUGCCGACCGAUGAACCGUUUCCAACACACGAUGAGCUGCUUCAGUGUUGGCGCCAACAGUUAUCACAUGCGGUGCCUCUGCUCGUAAUUUCCGUUAGCGAAUCGAAACAAAUACAAGCAUUUCUGUAUUAUAUCAGCUGAUGAUUGCCCAAAUGGCGCAAUCAAUUAUACAUUUAAUUGCUGUUAAUUUAUACGCUCGAACGCAUAAAAUGCGCCAUAAUUUUAUGAUUUACGUAUGAUAAUUAUACAAUUUACGUAUAAUUGCAAUGCGUAUGCGGUAAAGCUGUUCGUGCUGCAAAUAAAAUCCGAAUUUGUCAUA